CUGCGGGACUGCGGGACAAACAGCGUCAUCAAAUCGGCCACGUCAUCCACAACGACAGCCUUAUAACGGGGUUUAGUGCUUUAAGUAAGGCGAGACGAAUGGGCUUGGAAGUGGGCGGCCUUCCUAAGGUCACCGUUUAACACCGAUGUAUGAACAAAAAAUGGGGCGUCGAUUUGAGUCUGUGUUCGGAUUGAUGGCUUCUGAAUGACGGAUCGUCGCACCAAGUGCACGUGACAUGUUGUGUGCCGUCUAAAGUUUUAACACGGAUGUCCGAAAUUAGACUUUUCUAGAGGUCAAGAAUUGACCAUCAAAAAAGGUUACGAUGUGGGACACCGUCUUUUUUUAGUUCCUGCCCUCGUGCCCUACCCUCGUGAAUCAUCAUACCAAAUGAGCAUGGAAGCAAGUCGUAAAUGAUAUCGGAUAUAAAUCUAUACUCAGGAAUUUGAGGUUUGCUCAAGUUCGAGGCCAAAACAUGAGAUUGACACCUUGGAAAUCCGAUUCAGUACGAUCUAUAGCAGACAGGCUUUCGUUUUCACCUAAGACGAUGGUUCGCAAAACGUACGUUGGAGCAAAGGAAUCGGCAUCCCGGGAUUUGACAUUCGUUUGAGGCGAAAAUGAAGGCCGGCCUUGAAACCUCAGUGAUCUGGCGUAGCACAAUCCAAAAAAAGACAGACUUUCAGAGCCAACGGGUCCAACGAUUUGUUAAGCAUAUUUUGGAACCAGUAGCCAGUAGCUCAUAUUUUAAUGUCUUCCGAUCUUAAAAUCAGUUGGUGCGAUGAUUUGCAAAUCUCAUUCAGGGGUGAGAAGCUGCUGCCUCUGAUUUUGGCCUUUUAGAGCCAGGUUGUGGACUGAAAACCAUUAGUGUCCGGUACAAGAUAGCCUAAUGAAAGAUGUCCGAGUGCAAAAAAGGACAUUCCCGAUUUCCACAUUUUGUCAAAGUCCUGAUAUAACCUCGAGAGUUCGGUAAUUGGUCAAUCAUGGUGCGCGAAGCGUGAUUUUUUAUUCACCCGGCGCAACGAUUUGUAAAAUAGACCAAAAAAUCACCACUAAUCACCACUAAUAACCUGGAACGUUCAACAAAACAGCUAGAGGCCAAAAAAUCACUGUCCCAUAUGUUGAUGUUCUGUCCAGAGCAGGAGAUAACUCCUUUCGCGAAUUUGGUUGAGAAUGAGUAACAGUGGGCAAUUUAGAUCAAUGGUAGGAAUCCGUAGUUACGGUGUGGGAACUUGGCAUGCGAAUAUAGAGGCUCCCAAAGAUUCCAGAUUUUUGGCUUUCAAGACCAAGGAAUCGCCCUAGAUUUUGAGAGCUUCGGUUCGGGAUGAUGUCAAGACCGGACACGCGCACAGUAUGUCAUAUUUGCUCAGCAUAUAGCAACCCAGGUUUUGACCUGACCUCAAGCUCAAAAGGUGAUCGCCAGGGUCCACAUUUUGACGUCAUAUUCUACUCGCCCCAACGUUUCUUUUAAGCAAAGAGAGAUAGAAGGCUGUCGUUGCUGUUGCCGCAGACGUCACUGAUUCGGUGAACACCGCAAAAUGCUCCUCGAAUCUAACGUGGUGUGGCCUGCUGCUUAGAGUAACGGCAGCGGCAGGGUAGCGCUUAGAGGCUGGUCCGCUAUCUCGCUGGUGCGACUCUUAAAACAGCACUUGUUUAACUGCGGUUUUUUAAACUUUUGCCACUUGGAUAAUUCGUUUCAGUAGUGUUGGCCGGUUGGGGUCAAGCUUCACAUUUGGGCCGGUCUCGCGUAAUACACGCCUUUGGUCUCCGAGGGUUCGGUCGGCCCCGAGACGUCAGAUCGCAGUGAGACGUUAUCGGUCGACGGUGGGACUGGCGAGACUUGAACGAAAAGGAGAAUGCCGCUCUUGGAUGCUAGCCCCUGGUCCCAUCGCGACUUUCCUGGUUGCAGUCAUACAGGACAGUUCGGUUAGCAUCUGGCUUAGUGGACAGAUCGGCAAGUGUGUUUGAUGUAUAUGUUCACACUCCAUGAUGCGCUGCAUGAUAACAUAGAUAAUGCAUCACCAAUUUCGACAGCCGUUUUGAAAGGCGUGACAUCUUCGUUUGCUGAUCUCCGGCUCCCGAAUGAGGGGGACCUAUCAGGCGCUGCACAGGCUCUGGUCAGGCUUCAAGACACGUACCAGCUCGACACAUUUGAUUUCGCCCGUGGUGAGAUUCCCGGGAGCAGUCUGGGCCGAGAGCUGACCGCCUGGGACUGCUUCGUCUUGGGCAGGGAGUGCUACUUCCUUGGAGACUUCGGGCACGCCCGACCCUGGCUGGAGGAGGCGUGGCACCGGAGCCAGCGAGAGGCGCUGAUUGCCCACUCGCCGCUGGCGACGACGCUGAUUGGCGGCCCGCCGCUGUCGCCGGCCCAGCCGCUCGAGUACCUGGCCUUCGCCACCUAUCGGCUGGGGGACACGGCGCGCGCGCUGGCCUUAACCCGUGACCUUCUGCAGGUGGACCCCGCCCAUAAGGUCGCCCGUGACAACGUGGUGGCCUUUGAAAGGGAGCUGCAAGAGAUGAAGAGAAAGGCCGAUGUCGCCAAACCAGACUUACCGUCGAUGACAACGGAUGAUGUGGACCACGUCUCAGAGUCGCUGGCGAACCACUUAGAAACAGAGAACCGGCUGUACCGGGCGUUGUGUCGAGGUCACUUACCGCUGGCACCUAGCGUCCUCAAGCGGCUCAGGUGCUACUACUCUCACAACGGCGUCGCUUUUCUUCGCCUCCGACCGGUGCCAACAGAGGACCUGUACCUGGACCCACACAUCGUCCUCUUCCAUGACGUUAUGCACGACUCCGAGAUCGAGGCCAUCAAAAACGUCUCGGCGCCCCUGCUGCAGCGGGCUACCAUCAGGAACGUCCACACCGGGGAGCUAGAGACGGCAAACUACCGCAUCAGCAAGUCGGCCUGGCUCAACAGCCGGCACCACAACGCCGUCACCAGGUCAGUGGAGCGUCGGGUGGCACAACUGACGGGGUUGAGCUUGAACACGGCAGAAGAGCUGCAAGUGGUUAACUACGGCAUCGGAGGGCACUAUGAGCCACACUCCGACUAUACGACAAAUAAGGCGAUUGCAGAACAGCUCGAGGAUGGAAAUCGCAUUGCAACAUUUAUUUUCUACAUGUCGGACGUGGCGGCCGGCGGUGCCACCGUGUUCACGCAGCUGGGCGCGGUGGUGAAGCCUCGGCGUGGUUCAGCCGCCUUCUGGUACAAUCUGCAUGCGGACGGCAGCGGCGACUGGCGCACCCGGCACGCCGCCUGCCCCGUGCUCGUCGGGUCCAAGUGGGUGGCAAACAAGUGGUUCCAUGAGCAUGACAACGAGUUUCGCCGCCCGUGCCGUCUGCAGCCGGACCUCUAACGGGGAUGAGCUAAGCUUUAGUUGGCGCAUGGCGCCGCGAGUAGUCGAUCUUUGGCUCGCCUUUGCCAUGUCCUUAAUCGUGAGAACGAAAUCACGUGACGACAAGUCGAGAAGGAGGUUAUCACCUGGCAGCGUUGUCGCAAAGCACUUAAAACCAGAUCUUGCGGCAGUGAAUGCGACACUGCGCGCAGGCCGGCCUUGUGCCUAGCGACAUACCGUAGUGAAAUUAAGUGUCAUAUUUUACCAUCUUUCUGCGGAUGUUCCAUUGUCCACCAGCUGCGAAAUGCUGACA